UGGACGUCUGGACGUAGCCCACUAACCACUGUUCAGUUGUUAGUUGUUAUUAGUCAAUACUCACAGUAGCUGCUCAGACGCUCAGUAAUCACUUCUCGGACUUAYUCAUUAGCCUGCACUCUGCAGUAGGUAGUACCCAGUCAACAGAACAUUUUAAGACAAUGCCUUUGGCCAACAUAACUCGCGUUGAAAAGUUUAGUUCUUGUCAUCGGCUCCACAGCAACAAUUUAAGUGAUGAAGAAAAUGUAAAAACUUUUGGGAAAUGUAACAAUAAAAAUGGACACGGACAUAAUUAUAAAGUCGAAGUUACAGUUAAGGGUCUAAUCGAUGAAAACACCGGCAUGGUUAUGAACGUAUCUGACCUAAAAAAAUAUAUUGACAUUGCUGUAAUGGAGCCAUUGGAUCAUAAAAAUCUGGAUAUGGAUGUACCUUACUUUAAACAUCGUGUUAGUACGACUGAGAAUGUAGCAAUUUUUAUAUGGCAAAGUUUAAAAGAUGUUAUGCAUAAUCCUAAUUUGUUGUAUAAAGUUAAAUUAUUUGAAACUGAUAAAAAUAUUGUUGUUUAUAAAGGUGAAUAAUUUAUUAUAUUUGAGUAAAUACUUACCUCCUGGUUGUUGUAAUAAGAAUUGUAUUUUUAUAAAAUUUAAGUUUUUAUAGUUUAA